ACACCCCCGCUCAGAGGAGAGAGUGUGUGAGUGUAGCAGCAGUUAGAGGAGUUCAGCUCAGUCACUGACAGUCCUCUGCAGGUCAGUACUGGACCCUGAUCUCUCAGACCAGACCGGUGACCAGCCUGUAGAGCAGCCCGGAGACAUGGACAAAGACGAGCUGAUAGUCCCAAAGGACUUUCCAGAGCUGAAGAAUGACACAUUCUUACGAGCAGCACGCGGUGAGGAGGUGGAGCAUGUCCCGGUGUGGUGUAUGCGUCAGGCCGGCCGCUAUUUGCCAGAGUUCCGGGAAGCCAGAGCAGGAAAGGAUUUCUUUGAGACGUGCCGCUCCCCUGAAGCCUGCUGUGAGCUUACACUACAGCCGCUAAGACGCUUCCCUUUUGAUGCUUCGAUCAUUUUCUCAGACAUCCUGGUGGUUCCACAGGCGAUGGGUAUGGAUGUCCAGAUGUGUCCAGGAAAGGGACCAAUAUUCCCAGAGCCCCUGAAAGAGCCAGACGAUCUGCAGAGGCUUCGGCCCAAAGUAGAUGUGGCCGCUGAGCUCGGCUAUGUCUUCAAAGCGAUCACCCUGACCAGACACAAACUGGAGGGCAAAGUUCCUCUGCUUGGCUUCACUGGUGCACCAUGGACUUUAAUGUCCUACAUGAUUGAGGGAGGAGGCUCCACCACCCACUCAAAGGCAAAGCGCUGGUUGUACAGACAUCCAGAGGCCAGCCACAAGCUCCUGAGGCAGCUCACUGACGUUAUUGUAGAGUAUCUGCUGGGCCAGGUGAAAGCUGGUGCACAGGCCUUGCAGGUGUUUGAAUCCCACACUGGUUGUCUGGGCCCAGCAGAGUUUAAGGAGUUUUCCCUGCCGUAUCUGAGGGACAUCGCUCGCAGGGUUAAAGACAAGCUGAAAGAGUCUGGACUGGACAAUGUGCCUAUGAUUGUGUUUGCCAAGGAUGGUCAUUAUGGUCUGGAGGAGCUCUCCCAGUCCCACUAUGAGGUGGUGGGUUUGGACUGGACCAUUGACCCUCGCUCAGCACGUGAGAGGACCGGAGGAAAGGUCUGUCUGCAGGGUAACAUGGACCCCUGUGCACUCUAUGCCACUAAGGAUCGAAUUUCUGAGAUAGUGAAGAAGAUGGUCGAAGGUUUUGGCACCAAAGGCUACAUUGCCAACCUCGGCCAUGGUGUUUACCCUGACAUGGACCCCGAGUGUGUGGGUGCCUUUGUGGAUGCCGUCCACACGCACUCCCGCCAGCUUAUCAACCGCAAAUAAGCAGUCCAGCCAGAAGAAACAGCACACUCAGACCACCCAGCAGCUCACAAGCCCUGAUAAACAACCAGUUCAAGCCUGUUUCAUCUGUUCCUGCCUGUUUUAGCUACAUAACAAUCACUUAUAUACAGAAUGUGGAACAGUUUUGUAUUUUGAUAUAUUGUGUGAAUUGAGGCGCACUAAUGUCGGUCAGUCAGUGUUGUACUUUCUUGCUAGCUGUACUGAACCUUCUUGUGGCCUUUAGAUGUAUGCACUGGAAUCCUGACUGAAACCGAGGGACCUAUUGAUAAAUAUAUUAAUGUGAAAUGCCAGCAGAGAAAAGUGGAUGAAUGCUGCUAGUCAGUGUUGGCAUUAAAUGCUACCCAUUUAUAAAAAUGGUCUGAUUGAUCAGAUGACAUUUGUAAGCACUGGUGUAUUGAUAGGCCUGUAAGUGAAUGAUUUUGUAUUUAGCAAAAUAAAGAAGUAUCCUUUUAUCA